CUUUGGAUACUUCAGGAAAAACAAACAGUUCUCUUUCAGGUUCAGGAGCUGGGAGCGAUGGGCGUGAUGGCCAUGGAGGUCCCGGAGGAGCUGGGCGGAGCCGGGAUGGACUACCUGGCGUACAGUUUGGCGGUGGAGGAGAUGAGCAGAGGCUGCGCCAGCACGGGAUGCGUGGUGUCCGUUAACAAUUCGCUCUACAUCGGACCCGUCCUGAAGUUCGGCACAGAGGAACAGAAGACGGAGUGGAUCACGCCGUUCACCACCGGGGAGAAGGUGGGCUGCUUCGCCCUCAGCGAGCCGGGUAACGGCAGCGACGCGGGCGCGACGUCCACGGUGGCUCGUCAGGAGGGAGACGAGUGGGUGCUGAACGGAACCAAAGCCUGGAUCACCAACAGCUGGGACGCCGCGGCCACCGUCGUGUUCGCCACCACGGACAAGAAGCUCAAACACAAGGGCAUCAGCGCCUUCCUGAUCCCGAUGCCUCACCCGGGCCUCUCUCUGGGGAAGAAGGAGGACAAGCUGGGCAUCAAAGCCACGUCCACGGCCAACAUCAUCCUGGAGGACUGCAGGGUGCCGCUGGGGAACAUGCUGGGUCCUCGAGGUGCAGGAUUCAAGAUCGGCAUGCAAACUCUGGACAGCGGGAGGAUCGGUAUCGCCGCUCAGGCUCUCGGUAUCGCUCAGGCCUCUCUGGACUGCGCCGCAGACUACGCACACAAACGCAUCGCUUUCGGAGCGCCCAUCGGAAAACUGCAGGCCGUACAGUUCAAACUUGCCGACAUGAACGUGGCGGUGGAGAGCGCUCGUCUGCUCACCUGGAAGGCCGCCCUCCUUCGAGAUUCAAAGAAACCUUUCACAAAGGAAGCAGCCAUGGCCAAACUCGCCGCGUCAGAAGCCGCCACAUUCUGCUCUCAUCAGGCGAUCCAGGUUCUGGGUGGGAUGGGCUACGUGUCAGACAUGCCCGCUGAGAGGCACUACCGCGACGCUCGCAUCACAGAGAUCUACGAGGGCACGAGUGAGAUCCAGAGGCUGGUGAUCGCCGGCCAGAUCCUGAAGGAAUACCAAGCAUAGACGCCGCACGCCACAAUAUGGACGAGUAAUAAUCACGCACACUGGGACAUCACCUCAUUCAUUCAGAUUUCAAAGGAGCCGCGUUGAUCGGGUGAGACCUCAUUUGAGUUUCACGUGAUUGUGCGUGCCCGUUACCUCCGCCGUCUCGUGUGUCGUACUACAGGAGACGCCACUUACUGUUUGGAAAAGAGCGCCGGUGACUUCAACAGCGCCUUCCUGAAAAGUUGAGUGAUUUUCAAUUUGACGGAUGGAGCGGAUGGAGCGCUCAGAAAAAAGACGCUGGCGUUUGAUUUUUCUCAAGGCGGCUGCUUUCUCCUGAGAACGAUCUCAGACGCUGGCGCUCAGAAAAAAAAAAACACCAGGUGGACACGGGGCCUUCGAUGUCAUUUUAUAACACAUCUCUGCAAAGAACUUUAAAAAGCAACUCAUAAAAACGUCCCCUGUCGACCUUAUUUUACUGACUGACAUGUUGAGUAAUUUGUGAAUGUGAAGAGCUGCAGAUUAAAGCGUCACUUUCCCGUUGUGGUUAUAUCCAUAACUUUAGAGCGCUCGCCUUUUAAAUAAAACACAUAGAAAUGUUGUGGUUUGUAAAAGACGAAACAGAAGCUGUGUGGUUGACCUUAAA